AUGUGUGGAGCAAUUGGUAACCCAUCAAACUUCGUUGAACCAUGUAUCAUCGAUAUCUGUGGUUAUUUUCCUUCAAUCACAAAUCGAAAUGUUCAAUUAUUAAUGAAAAAAAUUGAUAGAUACUAUGCUACUCAUCGAGUGUCGAUCACAUCGAUAGAACUUUAUAUCGCUGUACCAUUAAAUAUUGAACAUUAUAUAACAAUAUCUGGUGAUAUAAUGACAUGA